AUGUCCCGGGACCAGCGGGGACUGGUCUACCUGGUGUCCGGAGGCUGUGGAUUCCUGGGAAAGCAUUUGCUCCGGGUGCUGCUGGAGCAGGAGCGAGGGAAGGUCUCGGAGAUUCGACUCUUCGACAAAAUGAUCGAUUCUAGUCUGGAAGAGCACAGCACCGAGAGCAUGAAGGUGGUGGUGAUCCAGGGAGACAUCACAGACUACAGCCAGGUGCAGGAAGCGUCUCGGGAGGUGGACGUGUUCAUCCACUCGGCCUCCCUGGUGGACGUGUGGCACAAGGUCCCAGAGUCUGUCAUCUACGGAGUCAACCGGAAAAAUGCACUAAACCAAAGGAAGUCCACGCCCUCGGCUCAGUCUGCCGCAGAGCCUCAGACCGGGUCCCAGUGGCUCCAGUUUACAGACGCUUAA